AUGGCGACCGUCAGAUCGCCAAUGUUGCUGUGGGGUCUACUGACCUGUUCACGCAACUCGGAACGGGUUUGUUUCCCUUCCCGACCCAGCUCACUUCUCCAGCCUUUGGUCGGUUCCUGCGGGGCGAGAUCACCAUGUCGCCGGCUCGCCUCCGAGGCCUCAGAAUCUGGUAACCCAGAGAUCAAGAAACCUACAUUUAUGGAUGAGGAAGUCCAGAGCAUACUCAUCAAGAUGACAGGUUUGAAUUUGCAGAAGAUUUUUAAGCCAGCUGUGCAAGAACUGAAGCCCCCAACCUACAAGCUAAUGACCCAGGAGCAGUUGGAAGAGGCUACAAGACGGGCUGUUGAUGCAGCUAAAGUACAAUUAAAAAUGCCUCCAGUUCUGGAAGAGCGAGCGCCAAUAAAUGAUGUAUUAGCUGAAGAUAAGAUUUUGGAAGGAACAGAAACAACCAAAUACGUGUUUACUGAUAUAUCAUAUAACAUACCACACCGGGAGCGUUUUAUUGUUGUCAGAGAACCAAGUGGCACACUACGCAAAGCUUCUUGGGAAGAACGGGACCGUAUGAUACAAGUUUAUUUUCCAAAAGAAGGUCGUAGAAUUUUGACGCCAACAAUUUUCAAGGAUGAAAACAUCAAGACAAUGUUCAGCCUGGACCGGCAUGCUGAUGUCCUCAACCUCUGCAUUGCCCAGUUUGAGCCAGAUUCCACUGAGUAUAUCAAAGUUCAUCACCAGACCUAUGAAGAUCUAGAUAAACAUGGGAAAUACGACAUUUUACGCUCAACAAGACACUUUGGUGGAAUGGCUUGGUAUUUUGUAAAUAAGAAAAGGAUUGAUGGCUUGCUGAUUGACCAGAUUCAGAGAGAUUUAGUCGAGGAUGCCACCAGCCUGGUCCAGCUGUAUCACUUGGUCCAUCCAGCCGGCCAGUCAGCUCAAGAAGCUAAAGCACAGGCUGCUGAGGGAUUACAUUUAAUUAAGGUCUUUGCAAAAACAGAAGCACAGAAGGGAGCACAUAUAGAAUUAACACUUCAGGCUUAUCAAGAUGCGUUUGUCAGCCACUCUGCAGCUUCCUGAAAAGUACUUUCAUAAAUUUUAUUUUGCUAA